AUGGCUACCGUGGUUCACUACAACUUCGGUCCUGCAGAUCCCAACAAAGUUAUCAGGUACCCAGAUGAUCACUUUGAUAGGCAAUGGAAACCUUAUCCCUCGGUUGAUGCUUACUCUCCUAUAUCAAACAGCAGAGUCAAUAUUAACAUUGCAGACUGCGGUUACUACCCACCUCAGGCAGCUAUGCAAACCGCCAUAACUCCGGUGUCUGGUGUAAACAUAUCUCUCUCUAUCUCGCUUCCUGAUCCCAGCGUUGCGUACUAUUUCUACAUAUAUUUCUCUGAGAUUGCAAUACUACAGAGCAAUGAGUCCAGAGUAAUUGAUAGUUUGAGUCCCAAGUGGCAAGACUGGGUUCUGCCGUUGACUCCUCAAUACGCCAUGGCAACUGGUAUGUGGAGCUGGUAUUCUAGUCCGUCAUCAACUAUUGAAAUUGACCUUGAGAAAUUUGGAAAUUCAUCUCUUCCACCCAUCCUUAACGCGAUCGAGGUUUAUUCAAUUAAGAAAUUCCAGCAAUCACAAACCGAUGAAAAGGAUGUUGGUGCAAUCCUUAAUAUCAAGUCAACAUACGGAGUGCAGAGGAAUUGGCAAGGGGAUCCUUGUUUACCUUCCUCUUCGGAUGGUCUUGAUUGUUUCACCUUUUCUGAUAAGAGUGUUCCUCCCAGGAUCAAAUCUCUGAACUUGUCCUCAAGUGGGUUGGCCGGGAAUGUGUCUGUUUAUCUAUCAAAUCUCAUGUACGUGGAGCAACUGGACUUGUCGAAUAACCAUUUGACCGGAGCAAUUCCAGAUUUUCUAGCGAAUCUGUCUCAGUUAAAUUUGCUGUACUUAUCAGGAAACAACUUCUCUGGGUCCAUUCCACAAAGACUUCUUGACAUGGCAAAGAGAAAUCUGAAACUACGUGUCGAUGGUUAUGCUGAAAAUGAGCCUGGACCGCCAAAUUCUAGUGGAAAUGGACAGUGUAAGCGCGAAAGGUCACAAAAUUUUGUAGUUCCUGUUGUCUCGGUCAUGGCAUCCUUGGUCGUAUUGGCUUUGUUAAUUGCGAUCAUUAUGUUGAGAAGGACGAGAAAGCACCAAGGCAAUACGAACAGAAAAGAUGGGUUUAUUGAGCCGAAAAACAUGCAGUUUACAUACCCUGAUAUCUUGAAGAUGACAAACAAUUUUCAAAGGGUUCUAGGAAAAGGUUUUGGCACAGUAUAUCAUGGACUCACAGCAGAUGGCAAACAAGUAGCCGUGAAGUUACUCUCCUCGACUUCUGCGCAAGGGUACAGAGAGUUUCAGACAGAGGCGGAGCUACUAACAAGGGUUCAUCAUCGCAACUUAACAUCUCUGAUUGGCUAUUGCCUUGAUGAUGAUCACAUGAGCCUAGUAUACGAGUACAUGGCUUAUGGAAACUUAAGAGAGCACCUUUCAGCAACUGAUGGCAACGUCUUGACUUGGUCUAAAAGGCUUCAGAUUGCAUUAGAUGCAGCACAAGGUGAGGAUCCCCUUUUACCUACCAUUUAA